ACCAAGUAUAAUCUGUGUUGGAAUUGCUACCCUGUGAAUUCCAAGCUCGGGCAAAGUGGGCUAAAGGUAGAUUCAAAGUAGAAGCCAAAUUAUAGCAGAGACAAAAUCUGAACAGAGAAGAUAUAAGGAGCUGAAGUUAGUUGUUUUUUGUUUGUUUGUUUGUUAUGUUGUUUGUUUGUGGUUUUUAAGAAAAAAUACAAUUAAUUAUUUUCCAGCAAAAAAGAAACAUAUAUUUGAGACAUUCAGACUUAUUAACAGGAGGAAAAAGACGCAUCCCAAAGAUAUCUCACCCAGUCUAUGAAAUAGGAGUUACAUUGCUGGAAAUCAGAUGAUAGAAGAAAAACAAACUUUCAAAACAUGUGGGUAAGGAUGAAAUACGGCUAUAUCUGUGAUUCUGAAUUAAAAGAAAAAAUGUCAAAAGACCAUUAUGCUCCAAUUUACAAACCUCUGCCUGCUAUGGUGUAAUAAUCACUUGGAUGUGCUGAUGAGCCCUACAUAAACUGAAUGCCUUUUUAAUAGAAAAUCAUUAGGGUUUCUUUUCAAAACAACAGCAAGAAUAAUAAGCAAAUUAAGAAAGCUGUUUGAGUUGAUUUGGUGGAAAUAGGAACGAGGCAAGAGAGAGACCUUCAGGGAAAUCCAGGCAAAGGUGAAGGAAAAUGUGAGUGGAAACUGGACUAUCUGAGGACCCAAGAAGAAAAGAAACCCAAGGAGAAGAAAGCCACUGGGAAUUAAAGGAAUAUGGCAAUGGUAAAGGAGAUUCUCCGAUCCAGAAAUCUCUUACUCGUGGUUUUCAUUCCACUUCUGCUACUUCCUCUGCCACUCUUAUACACCAGCAGUGAAGCCUCAUGUGCCUACGUGCUGAUCGUGACAGCUGUAUAUUGGGUUUCUGAAGCGGUACCUCUGGGUGCAGCAGCCUUAAUUCCUGCUUUCCUAUAUCCACUUUUUGGAGUCAUGAAGUCCAGUGAGGUGGCUGCAGAAUAUUUCAAGAACACAACUUUGCUCCUCAUGGGUGUGAUUUGUGUGGCAGCUUCUGUAGAAAAAUGGAAUCUCCACAGGCGAAUUGCCCUGCGAAUGGUCAUGAUGGCUGGAGCAAAGCCAGGCAUGUUGCUUCUUUGCUUUAUGUGCUGCACCACGGUGCUCUCCAUGUGGCUUUCCAACACAUCCACCACAGCCAUGGUGAUGCCAAUUGUGGAAGCAGUGCUCCAGGAACUAGUGAAUGCUGAGGAGGAGCGUGAUGUCAUCAGUACUGCAGGCAGCACCAUUAUUGAAGAAAACGAGCCAAUAGAUCUCAGCAACAAGCAUGACCAACCUUCACUGGAGCUUAUUCAUCAAUGAGGAGUAAGAAUGAACCCUUGCUACUACUAUACUGACUUCAGAUCCUUGAUGAAUUCAAAGAGUAUGAAUAAUGUGCACAUGAUAGCCAAUCCUAAUGGAACGGUGAAUUCCAAGAGCAAUGGGCAGCACCUACCUCAGGCUCAGAUACUGGUCCUGCCUCCUAAGCCCUCAGAACCGGACCUGAGCACUAAAUACCGGUAUCAGUCCAGACAUGACCACAUGGUCUGUAAAUGCCUCUCACUAAGCAUCUCCUAUGCAGCAACCAUUGGGGGACUGACAACCAUCAUAGGGACUUCUACUAGCCUCAUAUUCUUAGAGCAUUUCAACAACCACUACCCAAAUGCUGAAGUGGUGAAUUUUGGAACCUGGUUUUUGUUCAGUUUCCCAAUCUCCCUCAUCAUGUUGGUCCUUACUUGGUUCUGGAUGCAUUGGCUGUUCUUGGGUUGCAAUUUUAAGGAGACCUGUUCUGUGAGCAAGAAGAAGAAGACCAAACGGGAAGAAAUGUCAGAGAGAAGAAUUCAGGAAGAAUAUAAGAAAUUGGGAAAUGUUAGCUAUCCUGAGAUGGUGACUGGGUUUUUAUUCAUUCUAAUGACAUUGCUUUGGUUUACUCGUGAGCCUGGCUUUGUACCAGGCUGGUCAUCUUUCUUCAAAAAGAAAGGUUACCGGACUGAUGCCACUGUCUCUGUUUUUCUUGGUUUCCUCCUUUUCCUCAUUCCAGCAAAAAAACCAUGUUUUGGAAAAAGAGAAAAAGGAGAUGUUGAAAGGUCAACAAACAUUAACACACUGGAUCCCAUCAUUACCUGGAAGGACUUCCAGAAGACCAUGCCCUGGGAAAUUGUAGUGUUGGUUGGAGGUGGUUACGCCUUAGCAGCUGGAUGCAAGACGUCUGGCCUCUCUACUUGGAUUGGACGCCAAAUGCUGUCCCUGAGCAGCCUUCCCUACUGGGCCGUAACUCUACUGGCCUGCAUUUUGGUGUCCCUUGUUACAGAGUUUGUUAGUAACCCAGCAACUAUAACCAUAUUUCUACCUAUUUUAUGCAGUAUGUCAGAAACCCUGCUUAUCAACCCUUUAUACACUCUGAUUCCCGUCACCAUGUGUAUCUCCUUUGCGGUGAUGCUGCCGGUGGGUAAUCCUCCAAAUGCCAUUGUCUUCAGUUAUGGGCACUGCCAGAUUAAAGAUAUGGUAAAAGCUGGCUUGGGUGUAAAUCUGAUUGGUCUGGCUGUUGUCAUGGUGGCAAUCAACACAUGGGGAAUUAGACUCUUCCAGCUGAAUACUUUUCCAGAAUGGGCAGCAGUAAGCAACAUCACUCGCCAAAUUUAGCAGCUUUUUUUUUUUAAAUCUUCAAAUUAAAAAAAAAAAAAGUAAAAAAAAAAAAAAAAGUGCAAGACCAAAGCAAGUAGGGACAAAAUACUAAAUCUAUAUUGUACAUAUGAAAGAAAAGAGAAAAUUUGUGCAUACAUAUAACCAAGAUCUGGGGAAAAAAUAAAAUAAAUAAUAAGAAGGUCUUCUGCAUAACUCCAUAACUCUUCAGUUCUGAAAAUCAAUGUGAGUUAAAAGGGGAGAUUAUCUUUCUUCUGUUGUUUUCCCUUAGGUAUCAUAAAUAUGAAAAAAAAAAAAAAAAAAAAAAAAAAAAAUGGGCUGUUCCAAAUUCUCUGCCUAUGGAUUUUUCAUGGUCUAGAACAAUUAUGUAAGCUCUAUAAAACAGGAGAUAUUGGACUUCAAUGAGAGAAGACAAGUAUGCAUACACUCGUGUACUCAGUAGUUAGAUAUUCAAUUCCACUGUUGACUUGAAUGAAUAAAAGGUGAGUCUUCUUCCCAAACCCAGAGUUUUCUAAGCCUACUUCUUUUGAAGGCAAAUUAUUACUAUUCUUUUGAAGUAAGUCAUCACUGUGUUGGGGAAAAAAAAAAAAAAAAGUUUAUCAGAGAAUCCAUAUGGUCUGGAAAUAUAUACAGCUACCCACCAUCCGCUACAGCAUUUCAAAGGGAUAAUAAGAAAUGACAAAACAGAUAAGAAGUCUCUUGGAAAGGAGAAUUGUUUUUUUUAUGCUGUUGGUGGUUUGUUGUUGUUGUUAUUGCUUUUUUUGUUUGUUUGUUUGGUUGGUUGGUUUGUUAUCACACAGCAUUAGUAUAAAGUUUCCAGUAUUGCAACACUUGCAAUCCCUGAUAGAAAGUUUUGGUCAAUAUCUUCUUUCCUUAUUACUGUGCUGCAGUGGAAGCUUUUUCAGCAAAGGGAGCCAUGACCAGCAAAACAUUACCUGGCCUACAGACCCAUUGCUGUCCUCUCUUUUGGCUCUGAUUAGAUGGUUAUGGAUUUAUGAUUUUCCUGACAGAGAAAGUACCAUCUCUUCUAAGAUAGCCCUCAGUGCUACUCCAUGAGUAAGAAGGGAGAGGGCUGAAGUGGAGUUGCACUGGCAUAUCUCGUCAUCGUAUGUAUUCACUUGAACAUCACACCCACCUGCUCUCUAGCAGCCCAGAGAACAGGAACUUGAAAUGUGGGAAACUGUCACAUAGAGCAGACAAUUAGAAGACCAACAAGGCCAAUCUCUUUAUCAUAUGCAAAGUGAAUGCCCUUGCUGACUGGAUCCCUGUGAUACCUAGUAAACCUUCUCUUGCAUUAUGUGCUGCUUUUAAUCAUUUCUUUAAUGUCAAUGACUCUAAGCUGUAUAUUAAGAUGACUGGAUUUCAUGUAAUCACACUCUUCAU